AGCUUGGUCAAGUGCCCCUCACACACAUUGUUCUGUGUCCAGCUGUGCCUUGUUCUUCUGUGGGCUGAGAUGACGACAGAAACAAGUGAGGGGGUGGAGAGAGACACAUAGAGAGGGAGAGAGAAUGAUUCAGAUUCAGAGCUCAUUCUGUGUUAGCAUCUCACUCUGAUGUCAAUAAAUGAAGCCUGAGGUAUUGUGUCCCAUUACAGAGCCUGAGUAGAAAAUCCUUAUCCCAAGAUGCAGUGGUGCAGGUGGGCCGGCAGUUGGAGAUCACACCUACCAAGACAGUCUGCAGAUCCAGAGAUUGAGGACUCUUUUGACUUUCUAUUCAAAAUCAUCCUGGUUGGGGACUCGGAUGUGGGGAAGACCUGCGUGGUCCAAAGCUUCAAGUCUGGUAUAUUCAUUGAGAAACAGCAAAACACCAUUGGGGUCGACUUUACUGUUCGUACCCUGGACAUCGAUGGCAAGAGAGUGAAGAUGCAGGUGUGGGACACAGCUGGACAGGAGCGAUUCCGCACCAUAACUCAGAGCUACUACCGCAGCGCCCAUGGAGCCAUGGUGGCCUAUGACAUCACACGCCGCGGCACAUUUGAAUCGGUUCCCCACUGGAUCAGGGAGGUGGAGCAGUAUGGAGCUGCCAGUGUGGUGCUGAUACUCAUUGGGAACAAGUCAGACCUCCAUGCUCAGAGGCAGGUGUUGUUCGAGGAUGCGUGCACUCUGGCAGAAAACAACAAUGUUCUUGCUGCUCUAGAAACCUCAGCCAAGGAGGCCCAGAACGUGGAGGCGGCCUUCAUCCUCAUGGCCCGGGAGCUGUUGGCACGGAAUGGCAUGCCCAUCACAGACGAGGCCUCGCAAGACUCAUCUCAGUUCAUGUUGAGUAACAGCUCCCACCCAGUCCAUGGUACUGUGUCCUCAGAUAAGAAGUGUGGGUGCUGAGCGCAUUGAAGCAGGGACGUGUCCAUUAAGAAUUGCUUGAAAAAUAGUGGUGGCAGCUUGAAUACUCAAUGUACAUGUGUGUGUUUGAAAAGUUCCUCUACAAGGGAAGGGAGGCUAUUUGCAUUAGAUUUUUUUUUGAGAAACUACAUAUGUUGCAGUGUGUGUAUGUGUGGUGUGUGUGUGUGUGUGAGUGAAUAUAGGUUUUGUAUAUGUUUUGAAUUUUAAUAUUUAUAGUUAGUAGAAUCAGUUUGACAGAGGUUUUAAAUGGGUAAUGUGGUAAUGACUCCAGUGUUACAAACCACACCACUGCUGGAAGAGUCUGUACACACUAACAGAAUGUUUUCACUUGACAACUUUUUGUGUCUUUCAUCCUUUUUAAUUGUUCUUUUAUACAGUAUGGCUUUUACAGUACAUUACCAAAGUUCCACACUUUUAACCUGCAAUUGAAGUCACCUGCAAAUCAUACACUGUUAUACCUGUCAGUUACAAAUAUAAAACACUAGCACUAUAUGAAAUUUUCUCUAGUGCUGCCACCGUAAUUCAACAUUUUCUCCCAAGACAGUUUUCUAAUACAGACAUUCACAUUAACCGUUCAUAAAAUUUUCCCAGCUACAACCAGUUGACAAAAAAAUAGCACCUUUUUAAUUUCUGUAGAAACCGUGGUACUUUGUAUAAUUCUGACCAAUUAACAAAAUAAGACAACAUUGUUUUUUAAAAUUAAAUCAUCAUACUCCUGAUUAAGGCUAAAAAUCAAAACUGAUGAGGUACUUAACUGAAACCUGGUUAUUUAAUCUCAUCAGUAUUAGUGGUUACAUAUCCACCCUAACUUAAAAACAAAUACAAGCUGAAAUAUGAUAGCAGUAAAAACAAACAGCAGAAGUGGUCUAGUUAAGACAUGCUGGGGGGUGUAUAUUUUGGAAAGGAAAAAUGACCCAGUUAGGUAGGCUAUUGUGCAAAGCAUAAAAUUCGUCUUUAUCUGGACAAUAUGUGGUAUUGUCACAGAUGAACCAACAAAUCUAUCUUUGCAGAGCUCUUUCUCGAUCAAUCUGAACUUUAUACAGCUAAAGGUGUAACUGUUCGAACUGUAUCUCAGCUCUCAUCGAUGAACUGACAGAUACUUUACAGAAGUCUGAACAUAGUAAAAAUGCAUGCAAUUUAACACCUAGAUGAUCUGUGCGUUUUUAAAAGACAGCUGAUUUAAGAUUGUUUUCUACAAAGGCAAAAAAGGACAGACUUGCUGAACUUGAGUCCUUGACUACAUUUAUGCAAUAGCUAGAACUAUUAGAAACCGAUAAGUGUGUGUUGUGUGUGAGAGGUAUAAAAAAUAUUACAGCAGUCUCUGACAUACUAUCAUGCAGGGCCAAUGUAAAACUUCUGUAAUUGUAACUUUCCUAUAUUUGGUGUUAAAACUGCAUAUUGUUGCUUUGUGCAGCUGAUUCUAUGGCACUUUAUGAAAAUCUAUUAGAACUAGCCAAAGUAACAGCUACAUCUCCCCUGUGAUAAUCAGGGGAUUUGAUUUAGGAAAAAAAAAAAAAAAAAAAACAAA